CCCAAUCUCCAUACCACAAUCUCUUCGCAAAGUGUGCAGCCCGCUCGAAGACCAGUUGAAACCGGUUAGGAAUUACCAGUACACGGUACUUUCACUGCAAUGGGCACUGCAAAAUAGACUUGGUCUUUCAGUCGCGUCAUUGACAUGCGUUGGCGAGGCCUAUGCGAUGUGGCAAGCUGCAUCAUUGCAGACAACCCAACGGAAUACGGGAAGGAAGGGGGCCCCACCGGAGCUGCUUGCUUUGUCAAGGAGUCCACCCGUUCUCCGAGCCAACCCGAAAAGAGCCGCAGACUGCAGUGCAGACCGUGAGGAGCUUGUCCCAGACUGCCCCGCUCCGGCCAUUGAGGUAGCUUGGUCAAAGUCCGCGGGGAGCUCAAGCUCCUUGAGGUACCUUGCAAAAACAUGAAAGCUCAUUAGCUUCGACCCCAACCUGACCUGGGUGACUGAGCUUGCUCUCAAGCUGUGUCCCGGAAAUUGUGGAAUCCUACAUGCUGAGGCUAUCACAAUGUUUCACCCAGACUCAAUUGGUAGUCGGUAGCCUGCUAGUGCAUGCUGAACGACUCAGCCACCUCAUCUGGUCCCAAACCGGUCGCAAUCGACAUAAUCAUGGAAAGGAAGCCGCGGGCUCGAAUUCGCCUCAAGCUUGCAUGCUUGGCCGCUUGGCCGUUUGGUCCCUUGGUCCUUCCUUGCCCCCCGCUCGCCCCGAUCCACUGACGCCCCUCAGACGAGUCACGUGUUUCUACAUCAUCUUGGGCUUUGCUGGACCAGAUCAACCCCACUUUAGGAAUUUGGAGUCUUGAUUGGCUUUUGCUGACGAUUUACCCCGCCAAGCAGCUUCGCGUCGAUUCUAACAGACAAAAUGAGGACUACUCUUCUUCGACCCCUCGUUCCCCGCCAGAACAUCUUCUCUUCCUCCAUCCCCAGAACUUCUUUUGUUAAACCGAACUUCGUUGCUACACCGAAAUCUCCCAUCAACAACACCACCCGAGUUCGCUUCUAUUCCUCCACCAUGUCUAAGCCUAACGUUUUCUUCGACAUUUCCUUCAACGGCGUGACCAAGCGCGUCGAGUUCAAGCUCUACGAUGAUGUAGUCCCCAAGACCGCCGACAACUUCAGGCGUCUUUGCGUUGGCGAGCCCGGCGUUGGAGGCUACAAGGACUCUGGCUUCCACCGUAUCAUCCCCGACUUCAUGCUCCAGGGCGGUGACUUCACCCGUGGCAACGGCACCGGUGGCAAGUCCGUCUACGGCGAGAAGUUUGCCGACGAGAACUUCCAGAUCAAGCACACCAGGCCUGGACUCCUGUCCAUGGCCAACGCCGGCCCCAACACCAACGGCUCGCAGUUCUUCAUCACCACUGUCAAGACCUCAUGGUUGGACGGCAAGCACGUCGUCUUUGGCGAGGUUGUCUCCGGUUUCGAGGAUGUCAUCAAGCCCAUUGAGGCUCUUGGCUCCAGCAGCGGUACCCCCAAGACCAAGGUCACCAUUGUCAACGCUGGUACCGUCUAA